AAGUGUGUCGCUGCCAGUGCGUGUGGUGUUUAUGCGUGUGCUUGUAACUGUGUGCAGUUAAUUCAUUUUAUUAGGAAAAGUGAUUUUAGAAACAUGGAGAAAGAACCUCCUGUGAAGAAGACUUCAGCCCCUUCUGUUUCUCAGAUCAACGCAGAGUUUGUCACACAGUUGGCCAACAAAUACUGGGCACCUCAUGUAAAGAAUAAACUACCUUUUGAUGCAAAGGUCAUGGAGGACAUUUAUCAGAGUGAAAUCCUUAAAUCUAAGUUUGCAAUUAGAAAAAUCAUGCUUCUGGAGUUCAGUCAGUACCUGGAAAACUAUCUGUGGGUGAAUUACACUCCAGAGGUAUCCAAUAAUGCCUAUCUAAUGUCCAUCUGCUGCAUUGUCAAUGAGAAGUUCAGAGAGAAUGUCCCAGCAUGGGAGGUUUUUAAGAAGAAACCUCAACACUUCCCUUACUUCUUCAAGUGUGUCAUGGAAAUGUCUUUGGCUGGAGCAAAAUCAAACCUGUCUCUUAAAGAGCAGACCAUAUUACUGCUCUUCCUUGACCACUGUUUCAACAGCCUGGAAGUUGACUUGAUCAGAGAGCAGGUGCAGCAGCUCAUUUCUCUGCCGAUGUGGAUAUGUCUCCUUCCAGCAAGACUUCAGCAUGAGUUAAAGAAGGUGCCAAAGUUGCAAAAAUUCUGGAAUCUGAUCAAAAAGAAUUAUGAGAAAAUGGACAAGAAGGAUUCUGAGCAGGCUGAUAGAGAAAGAACCUUUCUCUCUCUUCUCAUUAAGAAGUUCCUUGUGGUCUUGUCUUCAAUCCUGCCAUCAGGUGAUGUCUCAAUGGAGAAAGUGCAUUACUGUGAGAGAUUCCUUGAGUUAAUGAUUGACCUUGAGGCUCUGCUCCCUACCCGCCGGUGGUUCAACACUGUCUUGGAUGAUUCCCACUUUGUAGUGUAUUGUCACCUGUCUGGUCUUCCCCUAAGAGAAAAGGAAGGUCACCUUUUUUGCCAACUACUGGAUAUGCUGAAAUUCUAUACGGGCUUUGAAAUAAAUGAUCAGACGGGGAACGCCCUUACAGAGAAUGAGAUGACCACCUUGCACUAUGACAGGAUCACCUCCCUCCAGAGGGCUGCUUUCGCACACUUCCCUGAGCUUCAGGACUUUGCUCUGUCCAACGUGGCAGCUGUGGACACCAGAGAGUCUUUAAUAAAACAUUUUGGUCUUCUGAGUCCCAACACUCUCCACAAGGUGGGAUCCUACCUCUGUCUCUUACCAGAACUAGGAGACCAAGAGGACACAACCUAUGACAAAGAGUUUCUCCUGGAAUUGCUGGUGUCCCGUCAUGAGAGAAGGAUCUCGCAGAUUGAACAACUGAACCAGAUGCCUCUUUAUCCAACAGAGAAGAUUAUUUGGGACGAGAACAUCGUCCCUACGGAGUAUUAUUCAGGCGAAGGUUGUCUUGCACUACCAAAACUGAACCUCCAGUUCCUAACUCUGCAUGACUACCUCCUAAGAAAUUUCAACCUCUUUCGUUUGGAGUCUACCUAUGAGAUCAGACAGGAUAUAGAGGAUGUGGUGUCCAGGAUGAAGCCUUGGCAGUCGGAGUAUGGAGGAGUGGUUUUUGGUGGCUGGGCUAGAAUGGCACAGACCAUUUUGUCUUUCUCAAUUGUGGAAGUGGCCAAGCCCAACAUUGGAGAAAACUGGCCAGCACGUGUGCGUGCUGAUGUCACUAUUAACCUCAAUGUACGUGACCAGAUAAAAAGCGAGUGGGAAGGACUGAGAAAACAUGACGUAUGCUUUCUGAUCACGGUGCGGCCAACCCUGCCCUAUGGAACUCGUUUCGACCGCCGCCAACCAUUCCUGGAGCAGAUGGGACUAGUAUACGUGAGAGGUUGUGAGGUACAGGGCAUGCUGGAUGACAAAGGCCGUGUUAUUGAGGAAGGUCCUGAGCCAAAACCCAAGCUGAGGGGUGAUACCAGGACAUUUCGUGUGUGGCUGGACCCAAAUCAGUAUCAGCAAGACAUGACAAACACCAUUCAGAAUGGGACAGAGGACCCCUAUGAAACUUUCAAUAUAAUCAUGAGGAGGAAGCCAAAGGAGAACAACUUCAAGGCAGUCCUAGAGACCAUUCGGAACCUUAUGAACACUGAAUGUGUUGUACCAGACUGGCUGCAUGACAUUAUCCUCGGGUACGGGGACCCAGGCAGUGCUCACUACUCCAAGAUGCCCAAUCAGAUCUCAACACUGGACUUCAAUGACUCUUUCCUGUCCAUUGACCACCUGAAGGCCUCGUUCCCUGGUUACAAAGUGAAGGUCACAGAAGAAAACCCUUCUCUCCAGAUACCUCCUUUCAGAAUUAAGUUCCCACUCAAGAACGUUAAAGGGAAAAAGCGGAACGCGGAUGAGGAAGAUGGAGAGAGCAGAGAGGGUGACAACACACUGGUGGUGGAACCUCAUGUCAUACCCAACAGGGGGCCCUACCCCUAUAAUCAGCCCAAACGAAAUACAAUUGAAUUCACGCCAACGCAGAUUGAAGCAAUCCGGGCUGGUAUGCAGCCAGGACUCACAAUGGUUGUGGGGCCUCCAGGUACAGGGAAGACAGAUGUGGCUGUACAGAUAAUUUCCAAUCUCUAUCACAAUUUCCCUGAGCAAAGAACACUCAUAGUAACACAUUCUAACCAGGCUCUCAACCAGCUGUUUGAGAAGAUCAUGGCACUUGAUAUAGAUGAGCGCCACCUCCUUCGACUGGGUCAUGGUGAGGAGGAACUGGAAACAGAGAAGGAUUUCAGCAGGUAUGGGAGGGUGAACUAUGUGCUGGCACGCAGGCUGGAGCUACUCAGGGAAGUGGCCAGGUUGCAGGAGAGUCUUGAUGUGCCAGGUGAUGUUUCCUACACCUGUGAGACUGCUGGUCACUUUUACCUGUAUCAGGUGAUGUCUCGCUGGGAAGAGUACAUGAGCAAGGUGAAACCCAAACACGGUCGGAAUGUACAAGUGGAGGAUGCGGCAGCACAGUUUCCCUUCCACAAGUAUUUUUCAAAUGCACCUCAGCCAGUCUUUAAGGGCCGCACUUACGAAGAAGACAUUGACAUUGCUGAAGGCUGCUUUCGCCACAUAAAAAAGAUUUUCACCCAGCUAGAGGAGUUCCGGGCCUUUGAGCUACUUCGCAGCGGUCUGGACCGAUCAAAGUACCUACUGGUGAAAGAGGCCAAGAUCAUCGCAAUGACCUGUACUCAUGCUGCCCUGAAACGCCACGACCUGGUGGAACUGGGCUUUAAGUAUGACAAUAUCUUGAUGGAAGAAGCUGCUCAGAUCCUGGAGAUUGAGACAUUCAUUCCUCUAUUACUUCAGAACCCAGAGGAUGGUUUCAGCAGACUCAAGCGUUGGAUUAUGAUUGGGGACCAUCACCAGCUUCCCCCAGUAAUCAAGAACAUGGCCUUCCAGAAGUAUUCCAACAUGGAGCAGUCGCUUUUCACCCGAUGUGUGCGUCUCGGGGUCCCCACAGUGGACCUUGAUGCACAGGGCAGAGCAAGAGCUAGCCUUUGUAAUUUGUACAACUGGCGCUACAAACGACUGGGAAACCUCCCACAUGUUCAGCUGCAGCCUGAGUUUCGUGCACCUAAUCCAGGCCUGACAUUCGAUUUCCAGCUAAUUAAUGUUGAGGAUUUCAACGGUGUGGGUGAAUCGGAGCCAAACCCAUACUUCUACCAGAACCUAGCAGAAGCAGAAUAUGCAGUGGCACUCUUCAUGUACAUGCGCCUACUAGGAUACCCUGCGGAGAAGAUCAGUAUUCUGACCACAUACAAUGGGCAGAAGCACCUGAUCCGAGAUGUGAUCAACCAGCGCUGUGCUAGCAACCCCUACUUUGGACAUCCUAGUAAAGUGACAACAGUUGACAGGUUUCAGGGUCAGCAGAAUGACUAUAUCAUCCUGUCAUUGGUCCGCACUAAAGCCGUAGGACAUUUAAGAGAUGUUCGUCGUCUGGUAGUUGCCAUGUCCAGAGCCAGGCUGGGCCUGUACAUCUUUGCACGAGUCUCCUUGUUCCAAAACUGCUUUGAACUGACCCCUGUCUUCAAUCAGCUCACUGCCAGACCCCUGCAGCUUCACAUCAGGCCCCAUGAGUACUACACGCUAGAUCUGAGUGAGAAACGCCCUGAACACCCAGAUCAGGUCGUCAACAACAUGCCCGAGAUGGCCAACCUGGUAUACACCAUGUACAUGAACUUGAUACAGAAUGCACAGAACAGACAGGUGCAGCUUCUGCCCCCGCCAAGCCAAGAGCAGGCUGCAGCUGAUGCAGAGAGUGAGCAGUCACAGCUGGAGCAGAUGGCAGAAGAACCGAGCACAGAGCAAGCACCACAGGACACUCCAAUGGAGCAGCAAGAAGAGAAUCAGGAAGAACGACCCAGGAUGCCUGAGCACCCCGGCCGAGACAGCGACAGUGAGGACAGUGGAGCGGAGGAGGAUGCAUAGUGUCCUAGAGACUGCUGUACUUACCAUUCCUAACCUUUGACAGACGUUCCAGUUUUGUCACAUCAAAUGUCAUUACUUUGUAUGCCUGGUUGGGGGGAGAAUUAAAGUGACACUUUUUUUUAAGUAAAAGUUGAAAAUGUUUGAUUUCGUAAAUGGGUUUUUUUUUUCCCUGUUCUAUUUAUACCACUGACAACAGAAGCUCGUCUGCUGUAAUUUGUUGACAGAUGGUCAAGUAGAAAAUUUAGGAAUUAUUAGACACCAGCAGUUGUUAUAUCAUAUAGACCAGCCUAUCAGAAGUACCAUUUGAGAUACAGCGACAUGUCUCCUCUGCAAAUCAUAGUGCUGUAAUAAAGCUAGCUCUGUCAGUAUGGAUGUCCCCUCCUCAUACAUAGGUUAUA